AUGUCAUAUUCAAAUUCAUCUAAACAUUUAUCGACUUCCACAGCUUCCAUAUCUUCAUCUGCAUCAUCAAAACAUAGUGGAUUCAUAUUGCCUACUAAAGAAGUAAAAGAUAAAGUCAAAAAAUUCUUCACUCGACAAAAUCAUAGUCGAGAUAUCAAUUUGGCACAAGUUGUUAUUUGUAAAAGUUUUGCCAAAAUACCAAUGCUUUUUAUUUCAAAACGUCGUCGUAUGCGAAAGAUAACCAUGGAGAAUACAGAUAAUUCAUAUACAACUGAUAAUACUGGUUUAGUUGCUGUAUCAGCAUCAGAAACACUUCCAGUUGAACAUGAAGCAGAAACAUUUACUGAAUAUACACGAAAAUUAGAAUAUGCUUUAUUAUUAUUAAGAAAUAUGAAACGAGAUGAAUAUGAGAGUCAAACGGCACUUAAAAUUCUUCGUUUUCUUGAAAACUUAAUUCAUCAACCAAAAGAAUGGAUUUCCGGAGCAAAACUAAAACUAUCUGAAAUGAAAUUUCCCGAAAUCGCGAUGACUUUAAUGAACAGCUAUAAAGAAAAAGGUUAUUUAGUAAGACGCAUAGUUUUUGUUCAUAGUAUACUACUUUAUAAUGCCAUGAUUAAUUUUACGGAUCAUGAAUUUGAUAAAGAAGGACUUAUUAGAAAACAAUCGGCUGAUGCUGGUUUUAUUGAAUUUGCUUGUGAGAUUCUUAGCGACCCAUCAUAUCGUGAAUCAUUAAGAAAAUACUAUAUAAUUGAUAGUCCCGAAGAAACCAUGCAGAGUGAUGAUUUUAAUAAUUAUCAAAAAAUAUUGUAUAUUUGUGAUUCUGCACUUACUGUUCUUUACAAUUUAGCAAGUUUACCCGAACUUAAAAUUCAUUUUCGAGAAUGUAAAGCGAUCAAUAUAAUUGCUGAUUAUACAAAACUAUCAUCAAAUACAAUUCAAAUUAAAUUUCCUGAAAGAAACGACAACGACGAAUAUAUGAUCAUUAUAAAAGAAUUACAAGAUAUAGCUAGCGCCAUACGGGUUACGUCAUGUUUAUUAUUACCAUUAAUAAUGAAUGAAGAUGAAGAUAAUCUUUUAGCUGAGAAUACAUCUGAUGUUCUUCCAUUAUUAUCUGGUAUGAUUCAAAUGUAUAAUCGAAAUGAUCAAAGAUUAUACGGAUUUUCUCUUAUUGAACUUGUUGAUGGUUUAUCGAAAUUGAUGGUUCGAGGUCGUUCACAUACUUUUAUUGAUCAAAAUCUUGUGGAUCUUCUUUUAAAUCUUCUUGAAAAUUCUGCAAAAAAUAAUGAUUUACUUGAAUGUGUAUCAAAUGCAAUACUAAAUGCUUCAUUCGAUGAAAAAGUUCAAAGAUUUCUUGAUUCAGAUCGUGCUAUUCGUAUUAUAACAUGUGCACAAAAUAAUAGUCGAAGCCAACUAGUUCAAAAGAACUGUGAAGCUAUUCUUUGGACUCUUAAUCGUAUUCCGCAUAGACAUUGUUCAACAAUCAGUAAUUCAUGUCAACUGCAAGGUCACAUUAUGAUAUCAUAUAAUCGAUCAGUCAUAGCAAUGUGUUUAAAAAUUCGAGAUCGCCUAAAAGCUUUACACUAUAGCGUAUGGCUCGAUGUUGAUAAUAUAAAUGGUGGCGUUUUAGAAUCAAUGGCUCAAGCUGUUGAGGAUUCAUCGAUUGUUUUAAUUUGUAUGAAUGAACAAUAUAAACAAAGUUAUUAUUGUCGACUUGGUUAG